AAAAUUUUAAAUUCCGACGAGCUGUCAUUUCUAUUUUCCCGUUUUGGCAAUACAUCCGCUAACCAUGAAUUAUGGUUACCAUGACUACUCAGUUUCAAUUUUCAAACAAUUUGGUGCAACAAAAUUUCGGAACAAAACCACAUAUCUUUGAAGUCAAGCAAAAUUUUUUUCCAAAAAUGUCCUCCAACUUGGAAUACACCUAUAAAAAAGAACGUAGACGUUUUGGCCAUGCUGUGAAAUUUUCCAACAAAGAUGAGGUGCUUUUCUCCGAAAACUCAAAUCGUGAGAAUGCCAAGCCUUAUAUUCUAAGAAAUCCCAUAGAUCGUGAAACACAAUAUGCACAUUCGAUGUCCUUGAGUGUGGCCAACACCGAAAGAGCCACCUAUAAGAAUACAGGCCUUACACACAAUGAAGGUGGUUGGCCCAAGGAUAUCAAUAUGCAUGAUCCCGAGCAGACGGUGCGCUAUAAGCGUAAAAUUGAGAAGGAUGAAAAUUACAUAACCCAAGUCAUGAAUCUAACAAAGCCCAUGGAGCAGUAUAUCUUUCAGAAUAAUGCUGUUAAUAUCUAUGAGAAUUAUUUUGAUGAUUUGGAACCAGCUCCCUUGCCGGAGCCCUGUCGUUCACGCACCAUUAAUGUCUAUCGAGACCCUAAUCCCGUUAAGGUGCCCGUAACACAUCUCAGCUGGUCUCCGGAUGGUGGCAUAAAGAUAGCAGUCAGCCAUUGCGACAUGAAAUUUCAAGGAGAUAAAACAGGACAAAAAUGCAAUUCCUAUAUUUGGGAGCUGGAAAAUCCCAAUGAGCCCUAUUUGAUUUUAGAACCUAAGGUGUCUUGUGUUUGUUUGGAAUACAAUCAAAAAGAUCCCACCAGUUUGGUGAGUGGCAUGUACAAUGGCCAGGUGGCUGCCUGGGAUACCAGGCAUGGCAAAUAUCCGGUGAUGAUAAGUGAAAGGGAGGUAUGUCAUCGUGAUCCCGUCAAUUCGGUUUUGUGGAAUAAUUCAAAAAGUGGCACUGAAUUCUUUUCCGGAGGCUCAGACGGUCAGGUUUUGUGGUGGGACACACGCAAGAUGACUGAGCCCUUGGACAGACUUCUAAUGGAUCCGGUCAAAAGUGAUGAUCAAGAUUUGUCACGAUCUUAUGGGGUAUCGGUAUUGGAAUAUGAGACAACUAUACCCACACGUUUUAUGGCCGGCUCGGAAAUGGGCAUGUUGUUUGGAUGCAAUCGUAAGGGAAAGACUCCGAUAGAGAAAAUACAGUUGAGGAUGAUGUGCCAUUUGGGCCCAGUUUAUGCCAUUAUGCGCAAUCCAGCAUUUGUCAAAAAUUUUCUAACUGUUGGCGAUUGGUGUGCUCGCAUAUGGUCUGAGGAUUGUCGAGAAAGUUCUAUAAUAUGGACUAAGAGUAGUAAUGCCAUGUUAACUGAUGGUUCUUGGAGCUACACAAAGGUUUCCCAAUUCUUUAUUACUCGCAUGGAUGGAGUUUUGGAUACAUGGGAUUUAUUGCAACAGCAAAAUGAACCUGUACUCACCGUACAAGUCUGUGACGAACCCCUGUAUUGUGUGCGUACCAAUGAGAAUGGUAAAUUUGUAAGUUGUGGUAGCAAGUUGGGCGCCACUUUUCUAAUUGAAGUUUCCGAAAAUAUGGUCACAUCCAAUAAGAAUGACAAACCUUUGCUAACGGCGAUGUUUGAGCGUGAGAAUCGCCGUGAAAAGAUUCUUGAGGCAAAAUCACGUGAAAUUAAACUAAAAGUAAAAACUAAUCAAGGUCAAGAUCAAGGUGAUCUUACCAUGUUGAAUGGCAAAGUGAAUGUGGAACCUUUCCAAGCGAUUUGUGAACAGGCCGAAGCCGAAUAUUUUGCAGCUGUAGAACAGGAACGCCUUAGAAGAAUGCCAGGCAACAAGCGUAGAGGACAUGGACGAAACUGAGGGUUCUGAGGCGGAGAGUACAGCAAAGGCAUAGAUAGGGAAAUACAAAUAUAUGUUAUUUUUUCAAAAGUGAAAGAAUUGUUAAUUGAAUGGAAAAAAGCUAAAAUAUAAUGUAUUAGACCUAGA